CCUCACUGUGAAGAAAAAAAGUAUUUUUUUUUUAUUUGGAUUUGACAAGCCUCCGGGCUGUCAAUGCAUCUGUCUCACACCUUCCCCAUCUCUUCCUCACUCACUCUCUCAUUCUCUCUUACACACAUCCAUUCUUUGCCAUCACUUGUCCAUUCAGCACUGUGACUUUAACCAGUAUCAGAUCCCCCCUCCUCCCUACUCUCCUCUCUCCCUAAUCUGCCUAGAACCAGGCAGGGAGUAAAAAGCCAUUGCAAAGUGUGUGUGUGCGUGUGAAAGAAAGACAAAGCAAAACCCGACAUGCCACUGUUGAAACGCAAGGCAAUCAAGCCGGUGCCUCCACCAAAUCCGGAUGACUUUGACAACAACACCCCAGUCUAUGUGAUGAGAUUUACCAACGAGAUCUUUACCACCUAUGAGGAUUACAUCAAUCGAUACUUCUUUUAUCGACAAAAGACUUGGCAAUGUGAGACUACUGGAAAGUCUGGGCUUACUUAUGAACAGGCCCUUGAAUCAGAACAGAAGGAAAAAUCAAUGGUAGCCAACAAAUUCCCACCACAACUUCGAAAACCAUUACUGGAAUUUGUGCAAUUUCAAACUGCCAGGAUUGACGCAGUCGUAGAUGAUGCAUUUGACAAAUUCAAGAAUCGGUAUUAUUUAAAUGAACAUGUCAAUGUCACAUGGGACAAAGGAGCUUAUUCUGCGAUGAUCAUCAAAAUUCUACCACCAGAGGAAUGGACAACGGUCAUCAAUGGAGCAGAGACACCUGAAGUCCCAGGACAGUAUUUGGUUCAAGUUCUUGAUCAGAAUGGUGAACUUAUCCAAGACAUGAAACGCGUUGUCGAUUGUUCUCUCCUCAAUCGUGAUCGUUUGGCUUUCAAUAAGAACAUCUUGCGAAAGUAUAUCCGUGAAUGCUCUUCAAAAGAACCCUAUCUUGGUGCUCCGUGGAUCGUGAAGCCUUCACUAUGCAAAAAAUAUGGAAUCGAAACCAACCUUCCAGCGGAUCUUCAAGCAGCAAGAGAUUCAGCAUUCACCAAGCUAAAAAAACGGAAGGGAGGCGCAGACCCAGCACCAGAGUUGUCAAGUGCCAAGAAAAUCAAAAAAGAUAAUCAUAAUAAUACUUCCGAAAAAUUAAAACAGGAAGAAGACACAUCAGCACCUCCACUCGAAGUCAUCAAACCUAUCAAAUAUCCCAUCGAGGAUUUAGAUUUGGAUACCAAACAACUAAUCGCAAACAAUAUUAAAUCAGAGGAAAAAGAAAAAGAUGGAAAAGAACAUGGACAAGGACAGAUUUUAACACGUCCAAAGGCUCAAAGAGAUUCCGCCAUCGUACCCCAUGAUUCCUUUGAAGCUCUCAUCAUGGUCUGGCAAUUCUUAAACUCGUACAGUUCACCUCUAAAACUUUCGCCCUUUGGACUAAAGGAUUUCGAAGAUUCAUUGGCUCAUACAGACGUUCAACAUCCGAGUGUCAUGGUAGCAGAAUACCAUUCUGCCUUGAUGAAUGUCAUUAUUCAGGAUCGUCUCAUAGGCAUUGCAAAACCUAUCCUACUCAGCUCAUCAACAACUACAAACGCAAAUUCUGUCGGACCCAAUGCAGCAGCUUUUUCUUCAGCAGCAGCAACAGCAGCCCUUGAACGAGAAAACAGUGUCAUGACAGAUGAUGAUGAUAACAAUAGUAGUAUCAUGGACGAUGGCGACAUGUCUCUCAAUGGUCAUGAUGAGUAUAUUCAACGACGUAAGGUCUCUCAUCGACCUAUUAAUGAACGGGUCAUUGUUGUGGGUCAAGGAUGGGAUGAGAAAUUGAUUGCUCCUCCUCGAGAAGGUUGGGAAGCUGUUCUUGUUGGACUUGUUAACGAGCUUGGAUCAUUCGAAGCUAUCCCUAAUGUUGAUCGAAUCUUGAAUCACCUUGUCCCAGAUGAAUCAACACAACGCGAAGAUGUUGAGUUGCUGUUCCCAUCAUUACCUCUAGAAGACAAAUUGAGUAUCCUUGUCUUCCUGGUCGAAACAGCAGCUGGCACGAGUACUAUUCGACACUUUAUGGAGCAAUGUCGUGAAGAACUCAAAGCACUCCGACUUUUGAAGUUUGAACUCAACAAAGAGAGACGACAACUACAAUCGGACUGGGCGGAAUUUGAGCGGCAAGAGAUUUCAGAGUUAAAGAGUGAGGCGCUAGAGAAAGCAGAACAGGAACUCGAACAACAUCGCAGUGCGGCCGCGACACCUGAACCAUCGACUCCAUCUCAUGAUAUGGACAGCGAUCUCGAGGGUUUGUCACGGACAGAGAAACUAAGACGUCAACAACUCGAACGCGAACAACAGGAAGCCCGUCGGAAUCAGGAUCUAUUGCGUCAACGGGCACUUUCAAAAGCACGAUCUGCAGAACAAAAGGCUCGUUCGGAUGCUCGAAAGAAAUUGACCGAUAAGGAGAAUGCAUUGAACCGAAAGGAAGAUCAAGUGGAUCGAGAUGUUCGUCGGUAUGCGAUCGCACGUGUGAAACCCUUGGGCAAGGAUCGGUUCUAUAAUCGGUAUUGGUACUUUGAUGGAAUCACCAUGAAUCAUGCUACCGAUCGACUUUAUAUCCAAUCACCCUCUUUCCUGGAUCUGGAAACAAUUCGCGUCAGAGCUGACAAGGAGAAGAUAUUGGAACGACAACGGAUAGAGGACCCCGAUAGUGAAUUGGGAGAUUUGCUGAAGUCCCAGGAGAGGGAGAUCCUAAAGGGUUUGGAAGCGGCAGAGAAGGAGGCAAAGGAGAGAAGGCUACAGCUGGAGAAGGAACGAGCCCUUGACACUGACGAUGACGAAGAUAACAAUGGGGAUGUUAAAGUCCUCAACGGUGCCGGUUUGACGAAUGGAUCUGGAUAUUCGCAUCAUCUCAACAACCAUAUCAAGGAUAAACCAUAUGAUGAAACCCAAGUCGUGGAACACAGUGCUACAAAAUGGAGUUAUUAUAGCGAACCGGAACAAAUCGAUACACUCCUUCAUUGGUUAAAUGCAAAGGGUGAACGAGAACAUGCGCUGUUGGCCGCAUUGAAAUCUCAUUAUGAUUUGAUUGUGGGUGGUAUGCAGCGUCGUCAACAGGACCUAUUAAAUCAACUUCAGAGGGAACAGCAUCGCCGAAGCACUAGAGCAAAGACUGUGCAGGCAUUGGAAGGCUACCUGGGAUACGUCAACAAGGCGAUAAAAUAACCAUGCCGUUCCAUCCACUCCAACUCAACAUGCCACCACCCUAUUUGACAACUUUCUUUCUCAUUCAACUAUUUGCAUAACUUGCUAAAACUAUACAAC